AUGGCGGCCCGGACAGUUUUACUCGCGCUGGCGAAUCUGCUCAUUCCGGUUGCGAUUCUCGUGUUUGCGACUGGAUUCUUUCCGUAUAAGCCGUUUAUGCCGGGACUGGCUUUGUAUGAGGAUACAGAAUCGAACAGCGCGUUGGGAGAUGGCACGCAGAAGAUCCCCGCGGCGCCAUUCGACAAGCUGGUCUUCAUGGUCGUGGAUGCGCUGAGGAGCGAUUUCGUAUUUGGUGAGGAGAGUGGGAUGAGCUUUGUGCAGAGUCUGAUUCGAGACGGCACCGCGCUGCCUUUCACAGCUCAUGCUACCUCUCCUACCAUCACGAUGCCUCGCGUCAAAGCCAUUACCACGGGCUCCAUCCCCUCAUUCGUAGACGUAAUUCUCAACUUCGCCGAGUCAGACACCACUUCCACGCUGGGCACACAAGACACCUGGCUUGCGCAAAUCAAAGCCAAGGACUUUGACAAUCGCAAAGGAAAGCUAGUUAUGUACGGCGACGACACGUGGUUGAAGCUGUUCCCAGACUUCUUCGACCCCAACAUGGUUCCAAAGCAGAAGGAAAUGGACGAAAUGGUCCGGACCAUAUACAACGCCAUCGAGAACGAAGACCACCUUGCGAAUACCUUGUUCGUCAUCUGCGGCGACCAUGGCAUGAAUGAAGGCGGCAAUCACGGCGGAUCCUCACCCGGCGAAACAUCGCCUGCGCUUGUCUUCAUGAGCCCCAAGCUCACCAAAGUUACAAGCAAAUCGAAGCGAAGCAGUCCAACAGCACCGAAAGCUGGUACUGAAUUCGACUACUACCAGAUGGUAGAACAGAGUGAUAUUGCACCUACGGUCGCCGGUCUACUGGGAUUCCCAGUUCCAAAGAAUAAUCUCGGGGUGUUUCUAGAAGAGUUCCUGGGAUUCUGGGAUAGAGAUGAGGAUCGACUCCAACUGUUGUACCGUAAUGCAAUCCAGAUCAAGAAGAUCGUGCAAGCCAAGUUCUCGAAUUUGAGGUUCGACGAGCAGACAGUCAUACCUAAGGAAAUGGGGUUCGAAUGUGGCAAGGCCCAAAGCCUGAACGACGGUCAAUCAUUGGCAUGCGCCUGGCAAGACGUGAUGAAGGGUUUUGAAAAUCGGAGUACAAUGUCGGACAGCCUGUACAAGUUCAUGCGCGAAGCUCAAGAAAGCAUGUCCGGUGCGGCAUCCAACUACGACGUGCCUCGCCUGUUCAUUGGAAGUGCUCUAGCAUUCCUCAUAUGCUGCUUGAGCUUCUUUACACUACCCAAGCUUCGUCCGAUCUCACCUGCUGGCGUCUACUACAUCAUGACCCUUGCGCUCUACGGCGUCCUUAUGUUCGCGUCUUCCUAUGUCGAGGAAGAACACAACUUCUGGUACUGGGCCACAUCAGGCUGGUUCUUCGUUGUCUUCAUCGAGAGCCAACGCAAAGACUGGACGAUUCGGUGGAUGUUCCACCCAGCGCUUAUGGCUCUCGUCCUACAUCGAGUGAUCCGGAGAUGGAAUCAGACGGGCCAGAAGUAUGCUGGAGCAGACGACAUAGUCAAUAGUGGUAUCUUCCACGGUAACAGCUUUGUGCUCUGGUCCCUAGUCGGAGCGACAUACAUGGAUGUCACACUCCGCUUGGCUGGGCAUGUUGCUCGCUCAAUCGCCACAUUCGACGGCGACCAAAGCAAAAAGAGCUUGGACGCUGAACCUACCGACGUUAAUCGUCUGAUGGGAACGAUUGCUGUUCUGCCAUUGACUGCAACAGCCUUUGCGUUCAAGCUCGCGUUCACUGCGAAAGAUGCACCUGAGCUUACAUACGGUCUAUCUGGAGGCAUGAUGGACUCUCUGGAAGCACUCGACCUCGUCGGUCUUGCGCAAAUGGUAUUCGGUGGCAUUGCCUUGAGCGGAGGCUGGAUCACUUUUACUGAGUGGCAGAGGAGCAGGACGAGAGCAAAGAGAGGUCGAGAGGGCAACGGUGACCUUGCUGUCGCAUUCUUCGACCUAACCACCCUGUUCCUCCUCACCCAAACAAAAGCUCACAACAUACCCCUCUAUAUGCUCUUCCGCCUGCAAUUCUUCUUCCUCACAAUUAUCGACCUUUCCCCCACCGCCAUAACUCUCACCACCCUCCUCCUAACUCAAACCUCAUUCUUCGCUCUCGGUAACAGCAAUUCCAUCUCCUCCAUCGACCUCUCCAAUUCCUACAACGGCGUAUCCGGCUACAACGUCCUCGCCGUCGGCCUCCUCGUCUUCCUCUCCAACUGGGCCGGACCUGUAUACUGGUCACUUGCCGGCGUCCUCCUCCUCGGCGCCCACGGCAAACAGCAACGCUUCAUCAACACCGCGGAACUGCACAAGGCGGAUUGGAUCGCACAAGAGCAUAAUUUCUUGAACGAUAUGGCGAGGAAGGAGGAGAAGAGUCGCGAUGAUAGGAAGGAUAAGAGGGCUUGGGUCGGGCAUGCGAGUCUGUUGACUUUCUGGACGGGAGUCAUGUUGACGAGUGUUAUGGUGGCUUGUACCGCGUUGAGGCAGCAUCUUUUCAUUUGGACGGUGUUUAGCCCGAAGUUUUUGUUUGCGAUGGCGUGGGGGUUGGCGUGGCAUUUGGGGGUCACUAUAGGUCUUGGAGGGUUCGCGUGGUGGGUUGGGACGUGGUAG